GCUCCCACACCUGCACGCAGAAUAGCGCUUGUCCGGCAAAAUGCGGCCACUAUGCGGCGCAUCGCUGAUGCGGUCACUGCUGCUGUUGCUCAUCUCCUGCCAGCUCGCCACGUCGACACCGAUCUUCGACAAAGAUGGUGCGGGUUCUCCCGGUAGAUAUCGAUCGGCCGGCUUCGGCGAGUCGAUACGGGAUUGGUUCCGAAUGCUGAAGAACCGAAUCGUGGGGAAAUGGCAGGAGUGGUUCGCCGACGAGACGCCGGCCCCGAGUUUCCCGCCGCAGGAUAUUCUGAACAUCGACAAGAGCCUGGAGAGAGGCAUAAAGGGUUACCCGGGGCUGUUAUUGGACCUGUCUAACGUAUCCCUCGACCCAAGCCGAGAUUGGGGCGUCCACUUAGGUAACUGGUACAUCAUCCGGAAAGUUGCAGGGGAUAAAUACGGCCCGGACUGCGACACGGACGAAUGGGAUUUCAAGUCUUGGUUACCGGCCCUACCCACCUUCCCGGACUUCGACUGGACCAAUAUAAACGGGUUCGGGGGUUCGCCGAAAUCUCCAACGACCGUAAGCCCGAGAACCGAAUCCACCACAAUACGAGAGCAAACGACCCAGACUGUGGCUCGGACUGAAGAACCACCACCGGUGCCGACCACUGCCAACGCCGUCGGCACGACCGACGUGUCCGUCGCGGAGUCUACGACGGAGUCCGCCGAAUCGACCGAGGAAAUUUCGACUUUCAACGAAUCCGACGUGACUAACGGCGGCGAAUCGACCGUCCGGCCGGCCACCAACGAAUCGAUCGCAGCAGCGUCCACCACCGAGCCAAUCGUGUCAGCUGAAUCAACAACAAUACGCGUCGCACCGUCCACCACCGAGUCGAUCGUGACCACCACCGGCGAAUGGGAGUCAAGUGCAACGUCCUCCGCUGAGACGAUUUUCACCGAACCGGACGUAACAUCCUCUACGCCGAUGAUCAUCGGCGAAUCGACCGUGACGCCAGCGCCCGGAGAAACGACUACCACCGAAUCACCCGCAACGACAUUCGAGUUACCUCUACCGGUGGUCAAUAAACGGAUCGAGGACAACGAGACCAUCGAGAAACCUACGAAAAGGCCGAAACCUCGUCGGUCAUCCGUCGAGGUCAUAAUGUAGGUCGAUUAACUAACGCCAAAAAACGAGUCAAUGGUAGCACGCACCUCGCAGUGGAUGUAAACAUUUGGCCAGAAUGCUACGGAGGGAUCUGAGAAAUGGGUGAUUAGAAGAUGAUAGAAAUAUACGCGAGAAUUGGACUUAUGCGUAAGAUACGUGUCGUAAGGGAAUUGGUUGGAUAAAUUGAGAUUCAUGUUUCCGCGAGAUAUCGAACGGCCAAACGUGUAACAAAUGGGAGUUUACAUAUAGAAGAGUCUUGCCUUUAUUACGUAAAAUUUAUUAUAAUUACAGCAAAGGUAAAAAUGUCAUAAUUAACAAUAAGUUUUACGUCGACGAUGGGAGAACCAUAAUCUUCAUAAAGGCUUGCGGG